AGCUGAUGGGGUGCACCAAGACGUAGACUACCAAGGGAUCUUUUGUCGGUUGCUAAGAUGGACUUGGAAGGAGAGCUUCCAGGCACUGCCAAGAGGGCCAAGAAGAAACGGAGAGCGCUCGAAGAUGAACACAAUGGUGAGAGCACACAAACAACGCUUGACUCCUUUGCUCCAUUGCAUGAGCGUCUUUGUGUCUGUCAGCGCCAGAUACCUCCCUCCGACAAGGCGCUGACCGCACCCCACCACCACCGCCCAAGAAGCGGAAGAAGAAUCAUCAGGCGAAGGAUCUAUCGGAGCGGAGUGAGCCACCCCCUCCAACACACAAGGCGCCUGAUGCACCACCUAAGAAGAAGCAAAAGAAGAAACGAAAGCCCGACGCACUUGACGACGGCAUUCAGCUCAAUAUUCUCAAUGACGAUGGGGGCGGGGAGGACCACAUGAACGACGGGAAUGAAGGGCAAGAGCAACAGGUCACUAAGCAGAGGGCCAAGCAGCGGAAGAAGAACUUGAAGAUGGUGGGCAGGGCUGAGGCUGAGGGUGUGGAUGGCUAUCCGCCUCUUGACGCAUCGCUGCUCGACGGCGUGCCCUUCGUGGCGCCUCCGAGGCUGCGGACUGUGUCGGUGGCGCUGCCCGUGUCCAUUGUGGCCAACGCACAGGUCGCCAGCAACACAACACAGGCACUCGUGUCAGUUCUCGGUGUGUGUCUGUGUCUUGAUUCAUUGAUUCAGUCGUUUGAGCUUCGUGCCUACCUGGUGGGUCAGAUCGCCAGGGCCCUCACGGUCUUCGGUGUCGAUGAGGUGGUCAUUUACGAAGAUUCAGGUACCUCACACAACAGUUACCCACACACACACACAGACACACAAGACAGCCAGCCAGCCAGCCAGACAGACGUCGAUGGCUGUUGGUUCCUCUCUGCUUGUUCGUUCAGCGAAGGCGGUGUCUGAAGGUGGCGGCGGCCCGUCCCGCUGGCUGUCGUUCUUCUGCUGCAACCUGCAGUACCUCGAGUGCCCGCAGUACCUCCGGCGGGCCCUGUUUCCGAUGCACCCCGACCUCAAGUAUGCCGGGCUGCAGAACCCUCUCGACGCGCCACACCAAAUGAGGCAACACCACUGGAUGCCUUACAGGUAGUAUGAGAGUAUCUAACUGGGCAGGCGGGGCGGGCAAACCACACAGGGCAGCGCAGCUGAAAGGAGGGCGUGUGUGUGUGUGUUUCUUAUGACACUCAGGGAGGGCGUGGUUGUUGCGGGGAAGGGUGUGAGGGAGAGUGGUGGGUCAGACGUGGAGGGCAGCUGGGUCGACUGCGGCCUCGCCGGCGGCCAGAAGGUCAGGGUCACGCAGGCAAUACAGCCGGGCGUCAGGUAAGGCACGGCACCAAUCAACGCGCCUUAACACCGUGCCUGUGUGCUGUGUGCGGGCGGUUGGCUGUCAGGGUGACGGUGCGUCUUGAUGCUUCGGCCAAGGCCUUCAUCGAGGACAACGCCCCGGGCCCCAAAGGCAGCGGUAGCAGCAAGCAGUUCUCGAAGAUCCAGCGGCGGUCGGUGACGGGCACUGUGGUGUCCCCCCAGGAGCCGGCACAGCGGGCGGGCCUCUACUGGGGCUACCAGACAAGGGCCGCCUCGUCCCUCCAGGAGGUCUUCACCCACUGCCCACUGGACCCGGGGGGCGGGGGGUAUGACCUCACCAUUGGCACGUCGGAGAGGGGGGAUGUGCUCACACGCGACUACCAGAUGCCGCCGUUCAAGUGAGGGGCCACCCUCUUGUAGACAGAGAGGGGAGCCGAGCCGCCGUGUGUGGUAAUCAUUCUCUCUCUCUCUCUGUGUGUGUGUGUGUGGCAGGCAUCUGCUGAUAGUGUUUGGUGGUUUGGGUGGGCUGGAGGAGAUUGUCGAGGACGAGCAGGCGCAUGUGACGGCGAGCGACCCCCGCGAGCUGUUCGACCAGUACGUCAAUGUGUGUCCGGGGCAGACCUCCCGCACAAUCCGCACCGAGGAGGCGCUCCUCAUCACUCUGGCCGCAUUUAAGCUACUCGUGCCUUGACUGACAGAUGAGUGUAUACUAUACGAGCAUGGCUCUUUCUUCUUCUGCGUGUGAGGGUGAGGGCGAAUGAAACGUAUGUCAUGUGUGUUGGGGGCGUGCUGUGUGCACUGUUGCUGCGAAUGGUGGG